CCCUGGUCUCUAUAGCCCUUUGUCCUCCAGCCUCCCCGGGGCUCUGGGCCUGCGGGCCUGGUUGCUAGGCGGAAGCGGGGCGCGGCGGCGUCCGCUGCGGCUGCCCGGGCGUUUGAAAAGCCGCUUAGCGGGCGGCAAAAGACCCCGCCGCCGCGACCAUGGUCUUCAAGUCCGACCAGUUGCUCAUCGUCGUGUCCAUCCUAGAAGGUCGCCACUUCCCCAAACGUCCAAAGCAUAUGCUUGUGGUGGAAGCCAAGUUUGAUGGAGAGCAGCUGGCUACUGAUCCUGUCGAUCAUACUGACCAGCCAGAAUUUGCUACUGAGUUAGCCUGGGAAAUUGACAGGAAAGUUCUUCAUCAACACAGGUUACAGCGCACUCCUAUCAAACUCCAGUGUUUCGCCUUGGAUCCUCUGUCUUCUGCCAAGGAAACCAUCGGCUACAUUGUUUUGGAUUUAAGAACCGCUCAAGAAACAAAGCAGGCACCCAAGUGGUACCAGUUGCUGAGUAACAAAUACACCAAGUUCAAGUCUGAGAUACAGAUAAGUAUCACUCUGGAAACAGAUACAAAGGCACAGGUGGAUAGUUUUAAAGCAAAAGGAGCCCCUCCUCGGGAUGGAAAAGUCCCUGCUAGCCUGUGUGGAGUCGACCCGAAGGACAUUGUUGCAGUGUUGAAUGAGGAGGGAGGCUACCAUCAGAUUGGACCAGCAGAGUAUUGUACCGACUCCUUUAUUUUGUCAGUGACCAUAGCAUUUGCCACCCAGUUGGAACAGUUAAUUCCAUGUACCAUGAAGCUUCCAGAAAGGCAGCCGGAGUUUUUCUUUUACUAUUCUUUACUGGGAAAUGAUGUUACCAAUGAGCCUUUCAAUGAUUUGAUCAACCCAAACUUUGAGCCCGAGAGAGCAUCUGUUCGCAUACGUAGCAGUGUGGAGGUCCUGCGUGUGUACUUGGCUCUCCAUUCUAAACUGCAGAUCCAUCUCUGCUGUGGAGACCAGUCACUUGGCAGCACAGAAAUACCUUUAAAUGGACUGCUGAAGAAGGGCAGUAUAGAAAUUAACCAUCAUCCAGUUACAGUCGAGGGGGCUUUUACCCUUGACCCUCCGAACCGAGCCAAGCAGAAACUCGCGCCUGUCCCUCUGGAGCUGGCCCCAACUGUGGGAGUGUCAGUGGCCCUGCAGAGAGAAGGCAUCGAUUCCCAGUCUUUAAUUGAAUUAAAGACCCAGAAUGGACAUGAGCCUGAGCAUUCAAAGAAGAGAGUUUUAACUCCCAUAAAGGAGACGACACUCACUGGGCCAAAAUCUCCAAGUGUGUCCCCCAUCCCACCUCACAACCAGACACCUCCGACCAAAGAUGAUGCAACAGAAAGUGAAGUGGAGAGCCUGCAGUAUGAUAAGGAGCCAAAACAAAAUGCAAAGGGCAUUAGCUUCAUCCCUGCGUCACUGACCCAGCCAGUGGCAACCUCCAAUGCAUCAGAAGUGGUGACAUCAGGACAGAAGAUUGCUGUUCCAGCAACAUCACAUCACUUCUGCUUUUCAAUAGAUUUAAGAAGCAUCCAUGGCUUGGAAAUUAGCUUUCCAGUCAACUGCAUAUUGAGGUACUCCUACCCAUUCUUUGGCAGCGCGGCUCCUAUUAUGACUAACCCUCCUGUAGAAGUUCGGAAAAACAUGGAAGUUUUUCUUCCCCAGUCUUACUGUGCAUUUGAUUUUGCAACUAUGCCUCACCAGCUGCAAGACACCUUCCUACGGAUCCCACUGCUGGUUGAACUGUGGCACAAGGAUAAAAUGAGUAAGGACCUACUCCUUGGGAUUGCAAGAGUCCAGCUUUCUAACUUCCUGUCUGCAGAAAAGACCCGGUUUCUGGGUGCUAAUGGUGAACAUUGUUGGCGGCAGACUUACAGCGAGAGUGUGCCUGUUAUGGCAGCACAGGGAACAAGUACACAGCUGUUUAGGUCAAAUAACAGGAUAGUGGAUCUUUCUUUCACAAUGACUCUGGAAGACUAUGGGCUAGUGAAAAUGCGUGAGAUCUUUGUAUCUGAUUCGUCUCAGGGUUUGUCUGCUGUGCAGCAGAAGCCAUCUUCUUCUCCUCUUACAGCUCCAUGUCCUUCUGAGAUCCAGAUGGAACCUCGAGAGACCUUAGAGUACAAGGCUGCGCUUGAGCUAGAAAUGUGGAAAGAGAUGCAGGAAGACAUAUUUGAAAGUCAGCUAAAACAGAAAGAAUUGGCUCACAUGCAGGCUCUUGCAGAAGAAUGGAAAAAAAGGGACCGGGAAAGAGAGUCACUAGUGAAGAAAAAGGUAGCUGAAUACAGUAUUCUAGAAGGCAAACUUCAAAAAGCCCUCACUGAGCUAGAGAACCGAGAGCAGCAGCUUGCCAGUGUAGAAGUGGAGCUUCAGAGAGAGAGAAAAGAACUGCAGUCAGAACGGGAGCGGAACCUUCAAGAACUUCAGGACUCUAUCCGCAGGGCCAAAGAUGACUGUGUUCACCAAGUGGAUCUGGAGAGGCUGAAGCUGAAGCAACUGGAAGAGGACAAGCACCGGCUUCAGCAGCAGCUUAAUGAUGCUGAGAAAAAGUAUAAGAUUUUAGAAAAAGAGUUCCUCCAAUUCAAAGAUCAGCAAAGCAACAAACCAGAAAUACGGCUGCAGUCGGAAAUAAAUCUCCUCACCCUGGAAAAGGUUGAACUUGAAAGAAAGUUGGAAUCUGCAACCAAGUCUAAACUACAUUACAAGCAGCAGUGGGGACGAGCUUUGAAAGAACUUGCCAGACUCAAGCAGAGGGAGCAAGAAAGCCAAAUGGCUCGCCUUAAAAAACAGCAAGAGGAGUUGGAGCAGAUGCGACUGCGUUACCUGGCUGCCGAGGAGAAAGAGACAGUGAAAACUGAGCAACAGGAACUGCUGGACAUAAGGAACGAACUGAACAGGUUAAGGCAGCAAGAACAACCACAGUACCAGGACUGCAAAGAGAUUGCAAGUGGGAAAGUGAGCAGCCCGCAGGGCUCUGCACUGGAAGAAGGCCUGGAUGACUAUUUGACACGGCUGAUAGAAGAAAGGGACACUUUGAUGAGAACUGGUGUAUAUAACCACGAAGACCGAAUAAUAAGUGAACUGGACCAGCAGAUCAGAGAGGUUUUGGCCAAAAACAUUGCCAGUAAUCAAUGACAUUUGGGAAAUCUUUGCAGAUACUCUAGAUCUGGAUUUUAAUUUUUAUGCAAAAUCCUCAAAAGGAAGGAAAAUGACUAUUUUGGAAUGCUCUUUUUAAUUUUUUAUAAGCUGAAUUUUAUAUGUUACUGUAUAUAGUAUUUAUUUGAUUUUACUUACGCUAACUCUCCUAGGCUGAUUUCAUUUGUAACUGUAUUAUAGAUGCUCAUUUAAAAUGACUUUUCAGUGUUCUUCAGUUUAAUAUAAAAAGAGCUUUUCACAACUUGUUCUGGGAGAAUUGGCUACAAUAAUUUCCAGCUACGUAAUUUUUCAUGUUGAGCCAAGAGAGUAGGAGUUGCACUUUAAAAAUGUUGUGCCCUCUUCCCUCCUAUUGUAGAUAUCUUCAAGUUGAAGCCAAUUAUAAAUGUAGCCAUUUUUUAAAAAUCAUUUUAUAUAACCAGUCUUUUUCCCCUCACUGUGGUAUUUGCAGUCUCAGGCAGAGAAGCCGUAUGGCAUUUUGGGUGACAAAUUAACCGUUUGUUUAAAUACAGUUCAUCCAGAUUAAGAACAAUUGAAUACCAAAUUUCAUCAUAUUCCACUUUAAGAAUACAGGAUAAUAGCUUGAUCCGGUCUUCUCUUAUGGUCUCCCACUCAAGACCAUAUGAGGUUUUUUUUGUUGUUGAUAAAAUUAUAGGUUGCCUUUAUUUCUCAGUGAUAGCAACACUAAGCCAUUACAGCUUCAUAAAUAGGAUAUGGAAACAGAUACCUAAGAUAGCAUUAGCUGAAAAACAAACAAACAAACAAACAAAAAAACAAGAGAAGCUGAACUAAAUUUUUACUCCCUCUCCAUUGAGUCUUUUUUCAAAGGCGCCUGAGAGUGAGUUGAUGCAGUGCCAUGUCCUAUAAACCUCCGAGUUCCUUUAUAUCGUGUUCUCCAGAGCCAAAUAUCCUCAUGAUGGCGCAACCACUAUCUCCACGUGAUGCUGAACAGGUUAAUCAGCAAACUCCCAGUUCAGGUCGGGUCUUAAAAUACAUGAAGUGCAAAAAUUCUGAUUCCCAAAUACAACAAAUUGAAGUGUAUACUUUAGGGAGUAUGUACUAAUAACCAGUAACUUCAACAAAAGCAAAGUAGGUUAUGUGGUAAUGUUCAUUAAAUAUAUUUCUUGUUUGUGAAAUUGAAACCCCUAUAGGCAUCAUAUGCUUCUUUUCUUUAAUUAGUGAAGUCUCAGUCUUCUGAAAGCAAACCAACAGUAAAUAACAGAAGGGUCAUUGGAUGUGAGGGUGAUGACACAGAUAAUCAUAGCAGGGAUUUGAAAUAUGAAUUAUGGUUACAUUGUCCCUGAUUUUUUUGGUGACACAUGAAUGGAGCAAAAGUAUUUUUGUUUUGGAAGAAGGUACUGACCCAAUGCUGGUUCCUCCACCUGUGAGGCCUGGAGCUUUCCAAACACUAGAGGGGGCCUUAGAGCAAACAGAAAAGGACUUUAAAAUCUAUGUGUGCUUUGCCUUCUAGAAAGCCAUCUUUGAGCUGCUGUAAUUUGACAAAUAAAACCCUAACUGUGUGCAA